GUGCACUGUGCUUACUUUUGCAGCACAACUACUAAGUACAACAUAGUAAAAUGCUAACUUAAGCAAAAAAAAAUCCAAAUGAUUCAAGAUUAAAGGUCAGCCUAUGAUUAGUUAGUAGUUUCUUAUCUGUGACGCUGUGCAAACAUAACAUGCAAAAUAGAGAUUAUUUUGAACUACAGUGUUUAUUAAGGUGUGGGCUUGGCAGCUAUACCUGUAAUGCCUGUUCUGCAGUACUUUAAGGCAGAAAAAUCUGCAUUUUCUCUCACAGCGCCUCUGUCUUCUUUUACCUCAGUGGUUUAUCAUGCCUCUUGCAGUAAAAAGGCUUCAGCAAGUUUAUGGCAGUCAAAUGCGCUAAUAUUAGAACAUCGGCUCGACAUCUUUGGUGCUUUUUAAUCAGAAAUGACGCUUACGAAGGGAUCUGUGUGUGGGAGCAAAUUCCUCAGAAAGCUGCUCCCUCUUUGUGGGCUGUUGCUGGUCAUAGUCCUCUUGUAUAAUGAUCCAUUUCUGCUCCUGUGGUGGCCCCAGAGACCUGAUCAGAAUGCUGCGGUUCUACCCCUGGAUAUGGCUCUAGAUUGUGUCGACGACAUGUAUGAUGGUUGCCAUUCUAAAUCCAAGACUCUCAUCAACCUGUAUGGCGUGUUUGAGUGGCACGUCAACGUAAACCUUAGUUAUGCUUGGGCUUCAGUCGAAAGAUCUGCAAAAAAACCUGUGGACAAACUCCUGCAAGAUGAUCACGCUACAUCCUUAUACAUAUUCACAAAACUGGCCAACAUCCGGCAGAUGUUCAACAAAGCAGUAAGAGGUGGAAAACACAAGUACAGCACGGAUCAUUUUAGAUUUCAUUUUUUGUACUUCUACUUGACGGAUGCUAUUCAAGCUCUGAAUCAGAACCAUUCGGCGUGCAGGACUGUUUAUCUAAGGACGUGGAAACGUUUUGAGCAGGACGUCGUCGACACAAACAUUCGCUUUGGGACAUUAAUUUGGUCAGCUUCAAGCAAACAGUCAUUUGAGACCAAUGGCAAUGUUUCCUGUUUUGAGAUUCUAACAUGUUUUGGUGCUGACAUCACAUAUUACUCCAGCACAAACCAGAUGGGGCAAGUACUCAUUCCCACCUAUGAGGUUUUUAAGGUCACAGAGGUUCUGACAAAUGACCCGUGGUGCAGAGUGGUCUACAAGCUUCAGAGCACCAAAACACCAAAGACGGACCAAAACUGCGAACUGGUUCAAAGGCUAACAAACUCUCCUUUGGUUGGAGGAUUAAUAAACUGGUUUGGAGGCAACAUGAUGACCAUGUCAGCGUGUGCAGUUCUGUUAAUAAUAAAUUCUUUCAUUCUUAUACAUCGCAAACAAAAGCGUUAUGUGGCAGUCGUGCUGGGUUCCCUUCUUAUGCUGAUGAUUAUCAUGUUUUUAUUGUUUUAGUCAUAGUGUAACUUAUCCUAGUUAGCAUUCAGCGGUUAUUUGUCCCAAAGGAACGUCUUUAUGCUUUUUUAAUGCGUCUGCGUCAUGGAAAUCUUGUAAUUUGAACAUGCAAAGUAAAACAAAACAAGCUCACUGCAGCACGUACUUUGCAAGUCAAAUUUAAAAGAACCAAAGGAUAUAGUAAGGUGUAAAAUGUUAAAUAUAAAGUCCCAAAAAGUCCUAUUUAUUUGCGAGGUGGCUUUUAGUUUAUUGGCAGUAUUGGUCUUCGAACUGUCUCUUUAUGCACACUUAGUUUUUAUUUAGUUACUUGAUUACCUACCUGAAGAGGUCUUCUGCAGGAGAAGCAGGAAGUGGUAUAUUGAGUAAGAGCAAUAUAUCACUGCUCUACACAUGUAAGAAAUUUGUAUGCAUAAGGCCUUUUUUGUCACUAAAAUAAGUAAUUUCUUGAAAGUAAUCAUGUACCAUGUGUGUAUUAUCAGAUAAUUUAUGAAAUAUGUUUAAUUCUGGGUGAAGGGUUUAUGAUUAAUGAUGAGGCCUAUAAUGGGUUGCUAUAAAACUCCUCUGUCUAGACUGAAACAAUCUAAAUUAUUGAUAGUUAGACUUUUAUCUUUGAUUUGCAAUUUUUUGGGCUGAUUAUUAUGAUAUAAAUGUGUAUCUAAUUUCUUGUCUAGAUAAUAGAUCUUAAAACCAAUGUUUAAUUGCAGGCAACUGCAAUGCCAGUCUUAUCAGAAGACUUAUCACCUCUUAUCUCAAAUGCUAUCUUAGGUCUCUUAAAGGAUCUUGAGUUUCAAGU